UUCGCUGACGGCGACGCUAGGGGGCGCCUGCCAUUCCAGCUCCAUUUUUCCCUACACGUGUAGAUUUAUUUCAAGAUGGCUGCGCCUAUUACCUCGUGAGCUACGUACAGAAUUAAGGUAUAAGUAUACAGCUCAAUAAAGCCGCAUCUUUACGUAACUUAGGAUUUUGUUUAAGUUAUGUCAAAGUUAGCUCUUUAGCUUGUUGCUUUCAUGUUUUUGAAUUAGAGGAACUUGUUUAUCUGGCUAGAAGUCUGUCCUGCUUCGUUCAGAUGUGUUCAAAGUAGACCGGCUGUAAUUAACUAGCUUCCUGAUAUAUUUGUCAGUGACUGGCUAGUAAUUAGUUACGUGUGAAACUGUAGUAUGUAGUAGUAUUUUACAUGAAGACGGCAAUAAUAAUUAUUAUCAUCAUUGCGACUUGGAGAUAUUCGGAUUUCUGUGGAUUAUAGACCCUUGCAGAACCAUGUCAAGUGAAGAGGAAAGUCAACUGAGUGUGGAAUUCGAGAUGGCGGAAGGCAUGGUAAUCGAUCAAGGUGAAGAGAUGGCGAAGACCACACCUGAGGAGGGUGUAGAUGACUCUGAUGAUAAAGAGACUGAAGAAAUAUGUGUUGUUGAUGGAGAUGGCAGUAAGAAAAAGAAGCCUACGAGCAAGAAGAAGAUCGUACCAGGCAUUUUAUAUUUGGGCCACAUCCCACCCAGACUAAAACCAAGUCAUUUGCGGAACAUGUUAGGGGUGUACGGAGAGGUUGGACGGAUCUUUCUCCAGCCAGAAGACCAUUCAGUACGUCGGAAGAAGAAGAAAGCUGGUUCUAAGGGCCAUGACUUUACUGAGGGCUGGGUGGAGUUUAAAGACAAGCGUGUUGCCAAGAAAGUAGCGGCCAGUUUGCACAACACCCCCAUGGCUGUCCGAAAGAAGAGCCACUUCGCGUCAGACCUGUGGUGCAUCAAGUACCUUCACCAGUUCUACUGGUGCCACCUGAGCGAGCGUCUGGCCUAUGAGCAGACCGUGAGGCAGCAGCGCUUGCGCACUGAAAUCUCACAGGCCAAGCGCGAGACCAACUUCUACCUGGCCAAUGUGGAGAAGAGUCAGAACUUAGAGAGGCUGCGGAAGAAGAGGGAGAAGAGCGGGGAGGAGGUGGUCGAGAAGACCUGGGACUUCACCCAACGGCGCACUGAGGAGGAGAUCCAGCAGAGCCGCCUGCGUAAAUACGCCAUGUCGAAGAAGAGCCUUCAGAAAGCACAGGAGAAGGUCCGCACCAUCCAGGAGAAGGCCCAGUCCAACGUCUCCCUGCUGGCCAGGAUCUUCAACAGCCAGUCAGCUGACAGCUGAUAUAGCUGAGACUGAAGACGCUCAUGGCAGUCACACUGAGACUAUGGGAUGGAGGACAGAUCAGAAUGCUUCCUGUCAUGCAGAGAUGGAAGAACCUUUUCAAAGGUUCAGUGAACCCCAGGUUACUCAGAUGAUAUCGCUGUUUCAUCUUCAGCAUAUUGUAAGAGUUACGAUGACUGGUUAAAUUACGUAUGAAGGUGGCCACUGCUAUCAUUAAGGUAUCAGAAUAAGAUGGAUGCAGCAAAUGGGACCUCAAUGUGUUUGACCAUCGGGCUGGAUGCUGUUAAGGAGUGUGCUCUCAUUGUAUUUUGAUUAAUAAUAAUGCCUGAGUGUAUAUACAGCGAUGUUUCUCAGCCUGGUCAUCAAGGAAUCUCAGAUGGUCCACGUUUUUACUCCUGUGGACUGUCUGGCAGGAAGCUGGGAGGAAGCAAAAAUGUGGACUGUCUGGGAGGAAGCAAAAAUGUGAACUGUCUAGGGGUCCCCGAGGACUGGGUUGAGAAGCACUGAUAUGGAGCAUACUAUUGGACAUAAGGUCCCAGGCCUUUAUGCUAAUCCUUAUGCUAGUAUGCCAGUUUUUUGUUUAAACCAAACCCUUUAAUAAACUAUGAAAUAAGAAAAUGUUGCAUCUGUCAGGUCCCUAAGGUACAGAUCAUAGGGCACAAAUGUGAUGCAUAUAUUUGAGGGAAUAAAAAUAAAAUUUUUGCGCUUCAAGCAUUGAAAAAGGAAGUGGACAGUAAUAAGCCAGUUACUUAAAGGUCUGUCCCCCUUCAGAUUAAUAAUACAAUGCUACCCUUUGAAAGGACAUAGAAAUUUAAGUAGUGGGCAAUGAUAUCUGGAGUCAAUCAACAGUACAAUUUUGCCUGUAUUGCGAGCUCAUCCGGCACAUAAAGAUGACACCAUGUUGAUAGCCACAGCAGUUGUUUAGUAUGUCUGGUUUUGUCUUUGUUCCCAAAACACAACUGACCAUUGUUAUUACUAUUGUUUUGAGCAGAUGGCAAAUUGAAAUAUGAACUAACUUGAAAGGAAAAUGUGUUAUUGAACCAAAAAUACAAAAAUGCAUGUUCAAUUAUG